ACGUCUUCCGCGUGGGUUGGCACGCGACUUGUUUUGACCAACUUUACUUAAACCGGACCGCGACGUCAAUUUCCACGCGGAGAUAUGCAAUGUGGAGCGCAGUGCGUGACGGCAAAGCAAACAGGACGCACACAAGAGGCUGCGCGCCGGACGGACUGCUUCCAUCGUGCGUUUGCCCGGGACGGACGCGCGUGAAACGGACUUCUCCGCUUCCCAGGGAUUCCCUGAUUGGUUGAUUUGUUAACCGUAGCAUCUUGUAAUCGCUACAAAACACGAACCAGAACAAGGAUGAAGAGGUAUACGGACCAAGCCUUAACUGGACCACGUAACUGUUGACUGGCUUCACUUGGACUCCGCCUGAGAUACCGGCUUGACAACAAGCCGACCUGUAUAUCUGUUGUCAUCAUCUUACCGCACGCAGCUCGGCGCCUCGCCUUAUUGAAACGGAGAAGCCCAUUAAAGCGUUUGAUAGAUACGAAGGUUUGGCGUUGAGGUGUUGUUGCCGGCCGGCUGCAGCUUAGAUGCGAUAAGAGGAGUGGAAAGAAAAGGAACAAAAGUGGCCCUCUGACAGAAGCAGAAUACAAAUGAGGAUCCAUGGCUCCUGCCGCAAUGCAAGCGGGACUUAAUCGAUAGCAGAAAACUAAAAUGGACAAAUAAGUUGGCUUCAAUUACAAGACCAUUAGCUCGGAACCUGAAAUGAUGGGAUCAGAUGGAUGUGAAAUACAAGGCAACGGGGUAUUGAACCCUGUACUCCCGGGUUUGCAAUGAGGCUCUUCUAAUGGUGUAGGGGGUCACGAGCAAGAUGGAGUUAUACAAUAGCUCCCUGGACUACUUCAUCAGCAACACGACAGAGAUUCCCGAUCCUACCGCCGCGUCUCCGUAUUGGAGUGGGGCCUGGAUUCUGGGCUUUCAGAUCUCCCUGUCUGUGCUCCUUGGCUUGGUGACCUUCGCCACGGUGCUGUCCAACGCCUUCGUCAUCGCCACCAUCUUCCUGACGAGGAAGCUGCACACGCCCGCCAACUUCUUAAUUGGCUCGCUGGCCGUCACCGACCUCCUGGUGUCCAUCUUGGUGAUGCCCAUCAGCAUCGUGUACACGGUGAGCAAGACCUGGUCGCUGGGGCAGAUCGUGUGCGACAUCUGGCUGUCGUCCGACAUCACCUUCUGCACGGCGUCCAUUCUCCACCUUUGUGUCAUCGCCCUGGACCGCUACUGGGCCAUCACGGCCGCGCUGGAGUACUCCAAACGCCGCACCAUGCGCCGAGCCGGGAUCAUGAUCGGUGUAGUGUGGGUGAUCUCCAUAUCGAUUUCCAUGCCUCCGCUCUUCUGGCGGCAGGCCAAAGCCCACGAGGAGCUAACUGAGUGCUUGGUGAAUACAGAUCAGAUCUCGUACACACUCUACUCCACGUUCGGGGCCUUCUACGUUCCCACGGUGCUUCUCAUCAUCCUCUACGGACGGAUCUACGUGGCGGCGCGCUCGCGCAUCUUUAAGACGCCGAUGUCAUCCGGGAAGCGCUUCACCACGGCACAGCUUAUUCAGACCUCGGCGGGAUCUUCCCUGUGUUCUCUUAAUUCCUCGUCCAACCAGGAAGGACAGCUCCAGGAAGGACACCACCACUCGGGAACAGGAGCUUCACCCCUGUUCGUGAACAGCGUGAAGGUGAAGCUGGCCGACAGCGUUCUGGAAAGGAAGCGGCUGUGCGCGGCACGUGAGAGGAAAGCCACUAAGACACUGGGCAUCAUUCUGGGCGCUUUCAUCGUGUGCUGGCUGCCUUUCUUCGUGGGCACGCUGGUCACGGCCAUCUGCAAAGAAUGCUGGUUUCACCCGGUGCUCUUUGACGUCUUCACCUGGCUGGGAUACCUCAACUCGCUUAUCAACCCAGUAAUCUACACCGUGUUCAAUGACGAGUUCAAGCAGGCCUUCCAGAAACUCAUGAAGCUCAGACGCUUCUCUUAAAGACCAAAGCAGCUCAUGGAAAAUAGUAGAAUUAAGUAGAAUUGUAAUGUAAAUUGUCCAUAUUGUAAAUCUAUAUAUAUAUGGUAGUCUUUAUUUUUUACAUCCAAUUUCUCAGUGCCAUACUUUGCUCGAUAUCAACAUAAAGACUUGCAUGCGGAAAAGUAAGAACAAUAGCAAUCAUUGGGAAAUCGUGUGGAAGAAUGACAAUUUGUUCAGCAGGGAUCAGUAAUCACUGGCCACAACUUUAGGUACACCUGGUCUAAAACAGCACUUUAAAAGUACCGUAAAUUUCAGACUAUAACCCGCUACUUUUAAAAAAAAAUCAUUUUGUGCGGAUUAGAGUCCAGUAAGGAUUAUUGGUUGAUUUAUUUGGGUUAAAAGUAGGGCUGUCAAAAGAUUAAAUUUUUUAAUCGAGUUAAUCACAGCUUAAAAACAUAAUUAAUCGUAAUUAAUCGCAAUUCAAACCAUCUAUAAAAUAUGCCAUAUUUUUCUGUAAAUUAUUGUUGGAAUGGAAAGAUAAGACAAGACAGAUAUAUACUGUAUUUGUUUAUUAUAACAAUAAAUCAACAAGAUGGCAUUAACAUUAUUAACAUUCUGUUAAAGCGAUCCAUGGAUAGAAAGACUUGUAGUUCUUAAAAGAUAAAUGUUAGUACAAGUUAUAGAAAUUUUGUAUUAAAACUAGGGCUGUCAAACGAUUAAAAUAUUUAAUCGAGUUAAUUACAAAUCAAAAAUUAAUUAAUCGUAAUUAAUCGCAAUUCAAACCAUCUAUAAAAUAUGCCAUAUUUUUCUGUAAAUUAUUGUUGGAAUGGAAAGAUAAUACACAAGACUGAUAUAUACAUUCAACAUACUGUACAUAAGUACUAUAUUUGUUUAUUAAAACAAUAAAUCAACAAGAUGGCAUUAACAUUAUUAACAUUCUGUUAAAGCGAUCUAUGGAUAGAAAGACUUGUUCUUAAAAGAUAAAUGUUAGUACAAGUUAUAGAAAUUUUAUAUUAAAACCCCUCUUAAUGUUUUCGUUGUAAUAAAAUUUGUAAAAUUUUCAAUCAAAAAAUUAACUAGUAGCUCGCCUUUCUUGAUGUCAAUAGUUACACAAUGCUCAUGGUGCUGAAACCCAUAAAUCAGUCGCACCCCAGCACCAGCAGAGGGCGACAAAACACCAAAAAACAAGUAACAAGUGGACAUGACACUGUGCUGUCAUUUUAAUCUGUUUGAGUGGGGCUUGUGCGUUAAAUGCGUCAAAUAUUUUAACGUCAUUAUUUAAAAAAUUAAUUACCGCCCGUUAACACGAUCAUUUUGACAGCCCUAGUUAAAAGGUAACACUUUAUUUGACUGUGGCAUCAUAAGAUUGCCAUAAGACCAUACUUGUCAAGUUGUACAGUUUCGGCAUAAUUUGUACAAGUGACCACUAAUCUUUAAAUGUGUAUGCCAUACGUUCAAAUGGAUUGGGUGUCGAGCACUGUCAAUAGCAGCCUUAGAAUUACCUGAGACACUAUUAUGGUGGAAGAUUUUGGUAGCAACAUGUUGGUCCCCUUUUUUUUUUUUCUAAAACACUGACACCUUUUUAAAACGAUAUCUUGAUUCUUGGCAGGAGCAUAUCGAUAACCUUUUGGGAUACAAAGUAGUUAUAUCACCAUUUUGAUAUUUUGUCACACCCCUAGUUACAUUUUCAAUGAAUGCACCUCACAAACCAGUGUACCUAAAGGAACGGCCAAUGAGCAGAGAGACUGGAUGCAAUCUUUGGGAAUUACUUCAAGCCAUCAAAUGUACCUGUCUCAGUGUUGUACUGUUUUCUGCUGUUCCCGUAUGUUUUCUGUGGUACAGUAAAGUACUUAACCUAAAGGGUUCAGUAAAUUGCUCUCCAUAUAUGCUCUUGUGUGUACUUGAGAGUGUUUGUGUGUGUCUGAGUGUAUAAGAAGCGCUGGCUUUAUUGAAAUGUAUUCGCUGUCAACACAGGGAGCACCGUGGAGUGUUUGACAUUUGUUUAAGUGCAGGCCUUGCAUUGUUAUUACACCAACUGAAAGGGAAAAAGGCAUUACUCAAUAAAAGCCAUUACUGCACUAAAAUGAAAAAAAAUACUGUUAGGAAUAUUAAGACCUUUUUGCAAUAUUACAAUUAAGACUCCGCAUCGAAUAAGAAUGCACGGUUUAGUUGAACAAUGUUUGCUGUGCUAGUACAAAUACAUUUUUCGAAUUUUAUUUGAAUAAUCAACUAGGCAUGUGCCGGUAUGAUAUUCUGACGGUAUGAUAACCUUAAGCCAAAAUAUCACGGUUUCAUGGUAUUGCAAUUAUAGCUCUAAAAUGUGUUACCUUGAGAUAUUUGGCUUUUAAAAAAAAUUCCAUAGAGCAGGAUUUUUUUUUCUCCAAAACAUACUAGCAAAUCGGAACAAAAGUAUAAUGUUAAGUUAAAACAAAUUUUA